AUGGAGAACGCCUUUCUCCGUACUUCAGCGGAAGCGCUGGAGCACUUCAAGGUGUCUGAGCAGACCGGUCUGUCCCAGGAUGCGGUCUUUAAGUCCAGACAGCAGCAUGGCCCCAAUGCCCUUGCUGAAGAACCCCCAACUCCCAUGUGGGAGCUGAUUCUGGAACAAUUCAAGGACCAAUUGGUUCUUAUCUUGCUUGGUUCGGCCGCUCUGUCAUUUGUGCUCGCUCUUUUCGAAGAGGGCGAUGAUUGGACUGCUUUCGUGGACCCCGUUGUUAUUCUCACUAUCCUCAUCCUCAACGCCGUGGUCGGAGUGACCCAGGAGAGCAGCGCAGAAAAAGCUAUUGCCGCUCUUCAGGAGUACUCAGCCAACGAGGCUAAGGUCGUUCGUGAUGGAAAGAUUCGCAAGGUCAAGGCCGAAGAUUUGGUUCCCGGAGACGUGAUACAAAUUGCGGUGGGUGACCGUGUUCCCGCCGACUGCCGACUGCUCGCCAUCCAGAGCAACAGCUUCCGCGUCGACCAGGCUAUCCUGACUGGCGAGAGUGAGAGUGUUGGAAAGGAGACCCGGGCCAUUAAGGACCGACAGGCUGUCAAGCAGGACCAGAUCAACAUGAUUUUCUCUGGAACUACUGUGGUCAACGGUCAUGCCACGGCUCUUGUCGUGUUGACUGGCAGCUCCACUGCUAUUGGUGACAUUCACGAGAGCAUUACCUCCCAGAUUUCCGAGCCCACCCCCUUGAAGAAGAAGAUCAACGACUUCGGUGACAUGCUCGCCAAGGUCAUUACCGUCAUCUGUAUCUUGGUCUGGGUCAUCAACUAUGAGAACUUCAACGACCCCUCGUUCGGUGGCUGGACCAAGGGUGCUAUCUACUAUCUGAAGAUUGCGGUCUCCCUUGGUGUGGCUGCUAUUCCCGAGGGUCUGGCUGUUGUCAUUACCACCUGUCUGGCUCUCGGUACCCGCAAGAUGGCCCAGAAGAAUGCCGUUGUCCGCUCUCUUCCCUCUGUCGAGACUCUUGGUAGCUGCAGUGUGAUCUGCUCUGACAAGACCGGAACCCUGACUACCAACCAAAUGAGUGUCGAAAAGAUCGUCUACCUGUCCAACUCCGGCAACGACUUCGAGGAAAUCGAGGUUGAAGGUACCACCUUCACCCCGCAGGGCAAACUCACCCGGAACGGAAAGGUUGUUGAGAACUUGGCUGCCUCCUCGUCGACCGUCGGACAGUUGGCCGAAGUCGUUGCCCUCUGUAACGCUGCUACUCUUUCCCACGACGCCAAGAGCGGAGUUUUCUCCAGCAUCGGUGAGCCCACCGAGGGUGCGCUGCGUGCUCUGGUUGAGAAGAUUGGAACCAAUGACCCAGCUCUGAACAAGAGACUUUACAGCCUCCCCGCCUCCGACAGAUUGCACGCCGCCAGCGCUCACUAUGAGUCCCGUCUCCCCCUGAAGGCUACCUAUGAAUUCUCCCGUGACCGCAAGAGCAUGUCCGUCCUCGUCGGCGAAGGCAAUGAGCAGAAGCUGCUUGUCAAGGGUGCCCCCGAAAGUAUCUUCGACCGUUGCUCUCACGUCAUUCAAGGUGCCGAUGGAUCCCGCGUUCCUGUGACCAAGAACCACCUCAAGCUUCUCUCCGAGGAGGUUGUUGAAUACGGUAACCGCGGUCUUCGCGUUAUGGCCAUCGCAAGCGUCAACGGUGUCUCUGGUAACCCUCUUCUGAAGAACGCCUCCACUACUGAGGACUACGCCAAGCUCGAACAGAACAUGACUCUUAUCGGUCUCGUUGGAAUGUUGGAUCCCCCUCGUCCCGAGGUGGCCGAUUCCAUUAAGAAGUGCCACGCUGCCGGAAUCCGUGUUAUUGUUAUCACCGGUGACAAUCCCGCCACUGCCGAAUCUAUCUGUCGCUCCAUUGGUGUAUUCGGUGCCAACGAGGAUCUUACUGGCAAGAGUUACACUGGCCGUGAAUUCGAUAACCUCAGCGAAGGCGAAAAGAUGAAGGCUGUCCAGACUGCUUCCCUCUUCUCCCGCACUGAGCCUAGCCACAAGUCCAAGCUGGUUGAUCUCCUUCAGUCCCUGAAUCACGUUGUUGCCAUGACCGGUGACGGUGUUAACGAUGCUCCCGCUCUCAAGAAAUCUGAUAUUGGUGUUGCCAUGGGUACUGGAACUGACGUCGCCAAGAUGGCCGCUGAUAUGGUCCUUGCUGACGACAACUUCGCUACUAUCACUGUUGCUAUCGAGGAAGGCCGUUCCAUCUACAGCAACACUCAACAGUUCAUCCGCUACCUGAUUUCCUCGAACAUCGGAGAGGUCGUCUCUAUCUUCCUGACUGCCGCCCUUGGUAUGCCCGAGGCUCUUGUCCCUGUUCAGCUUCUGUGGGUCAACCUUGUCACCGACGGCCUUCCUGCCACCGCUCUCUCUUUCAAUCCACCCGACCAUGAUGUGAUGAAGCGUCCCCCUCGUCUUCGUGAUGAGGCUCUUGUCGGUGGCUGGUUGUUGUUCCGCUAUAUGGUCAUCGGUAUCUACGUUGGUGCUGCUACCGUCUUUGGUUACGUUUGGUGGUUCCUCUACAAUCCCGCUGGUCCUGGUAUCACUUUCUCGCAGCUGUCCAACUUCCACAAGUGCUCCUCUCAAUUCCCUGAGAUCGGCUGCGAAAUGUUCAGCAACGACAUGGCCAAGUCCGCAUCGACCGUUUCUCUUUCCAUCCUCGUGGUGAUUGAGAUGCUUAACGCCAUGAACGCUCUGUCCUCUAGCGAAUCUCUCCUGACUUUCUUCCUUAACAACAACCCCAUGCUGGUCUACGCCAUCACCCUCUCCAUGCUCCUCCACUUCGCCAUCCUCUACAUUCCCUUCCUGCAGAACCUGUUCAACAUUCUGCCUCUGGACUGGAACGAGUGGCAGGCAGUGUUGUUGAUCAGCGCGCCUGUGAUCUUGAUCGACGAGGCCCUCAAGUUUGUCGAGCGUUGGCUGUACAACACCAAGGCUGUCAACCCGGUCCAGAACGGCUCCGGCAAGCCUAAGCGGGCUUAA